AUGUUUGAGCAGCGAGUUGAUAACAUCGUGGGUGUAGCUUACUCAAUGGAUAUGUUAGAACUUAUUAAGAAAGGAGAUAUGCUUGAAACUGCAGUUGUGGGAGAUAUGGCUCACAAGCCUGCAUAUUUCGUUCCUGAUUCAAUGUUAAUUUGGAAUCUUCUAAGGGAAUUCCGUAUUAGGAAAGUUCACAUGGUUGUUGUUCUUAAUGAAUACAGAGGAACCGUCGGUAUUGUAACCCUUGAAGAUGUUGUUGAGGAAAUUGUUGGUGAACUUUUUGAUGAGAAUGACUCAAAGACACAAUUAGCAUACGAACUGCAAAGUCAACUUAAAGAAAGUCAACGUACUUUGGGAGAAGCUACUGCAGUUGCUGAUUUAAUCACAGAAUUUGAUUAUAGACCUAUUCUAGAGGCAACUUUGUCUUCGUAUACUGGUUGCACCGAUUGCAAGGUGGACGUGGCGUAA